AUGGACGGUAUAAUCGAUAUGUGUCGGGAUGUCUUUCCAUGGAUCAGUAACCAAUUAACACGUCUCGGCCUGGAAACGCAGGAUAACAGAUUCGCUCAGCUGGGCGGCGAACUCUUCAUCUUUACUCAGCAAAUUUCACCUUCAAAUCAGACAGGGACAAUUUCUAAUCUUGUCAACGUUGCACAUCUCAUUAACAAAGCUUGUUCUUCCCCGAAAACGAAAUAUGUUAGAGAGAAUGCGCCGUAUAAUGCGCUUCGGAGGAUAUUAGAGGUCAAGGACUCGAAUACCGCCGAUAAGAUACUUAUUAGCGAUGUUCGACGCAACCUGCUACAAUUCGUCCGACAGAGCCCUGAGUAUCCUUCCCUCCUACAUUUCAUCGCGGAUUGCUUGCAGGAAACGGAUUCCCUAGAUGCCCUUCCUGAAGAUGAGAUACGUCUCUAUAAUGAGGAUCCUAAAUAUACCAUGAGAGUAAACAAUACACUUUAUACCCAACUCCGAAUGCACUCGACCUGCUCAUGUAGUACCCAACACUUGGAAUCCGCGCGGCUGCGACUGGAUCCUGAGCAUGAUGAGCAAGAAAAUGCUGAUAUUCUAUUCGAUAUGUUGUUUGUUUCAGGCCCCGCAUUGUAUUUUGAAACAAACUGCCAUAUACGGUGGAAGGAGGCAAAAAUAUUGGUUGCUAGACAAAACGAAUCUCCGUACAAGAAACAAGUCUCAUUUGCGGUCCAAAGCUCGAAUCCAUCGCUUAGGGCACGGAGCAAGUCGCCUUUACCAAGCGGUUUGCGAAAAGUCCAACUCGGAGAAUUCUGUAGGCUGAUUGGAAGCGAGAAGAGCACACCAAUCCACUUCCAUAUCCAGAACAAUGUGAUGAAGCUCGCUGGCCCCGCCUGCGAGACCACCGCGCGAAACUUUCUCCCCCAAGCGAGUAUUUCUCUUGCAGAAUGGUUGGAGCAGACCGUGCACCUCUCCAACAGGACGAAGGUAACACUAGCAUACAUUAUUGCCAGAUCAGUAUGGCGGUACUAUAAUUCGUACUGGAUGGCGAAACCGUGGACACACGAGAAUAUUCAAAUAAUGAAGGAAAAGAUCAGUAAUCGAAAUCAUAUCCAACCACAUCUUUAUUUUACCACGAAACUUCACAAGUGCAAGGAUCAAUUACUGGAUUACUGCAUCGCAGACGACCUGAUUCAUAUGUAUCCUAGUAUCCUUGCUUUGGGGGUUGUUCUCAUUGAGAUUGCAGCCAAGCUGCCGUUCAAACCUGAAGGACCCCAUUACCUGUGGGACGAAACCACCAUCAACGACUAUUACGAGUGGGCAUGGACCACUGCAAACUGUAGUAACUCGGUAAACACAAUCGGAGAUGCUUAUCAAGCGGUAGUAAACAACUGUCUCGACGCCGAACUAUUUAGAAAUGGUCCGAUUGAUCCAUCGAAACCAGAUAGGGAUCUUGAAACUAGACAAUCGCUUCUGUACGAGAAAGUUGUGCUGCCUCUUCGGGGGCUAUAUCACGCAUAUAAAGAUGAUUGGGAUAUCCAGGAGCUCCCCAGGUUGGAAAUCCCCCCUAAAGCUCAUCAGACUGAACAUAUCUCCCGUUCUAGACCAGUUAAUCGCUCCGAAUUCACCAUCGCUAUUUUUUGCGCGUUGCCCUUAGAAGCGGACGCUGUCAUCGAACUUUUCAAGGAGAUCUGGGGAGAAGAAGACGAGGAUUACGGCAAAGCAGUUGGCGACGACAACACGUACACCCUGGGCAAAAUCUUGCACCAUAAUGUCGUUCUCGUCCAUAUGGCUGGUAUGGGGAAAGGCGCUGCAUCCCAGGCAGCUUCAAGUCUACGAUCCAGCUAUCCGGAGAUAAAGCUUGCGCUUGUAGUUGGAGUCUGCGGAGGAGUUCCAUCACAUUUGGAUGGCAAGUACGAUCUCAUCCUUGGUGAUGUUGUGAUUAGUGAUGGAAUUGUGCAAUAUGACUACGGGAGGCAAUUUCCCGAUGCCUUUUUGAGCAAAUCGGGACCGGAGAUCGUUGCACGACCUGGUCCCAAAAUUCGGGGGAUGCUGGCUAAACUGAAGGGAGAGCCAGGGCGAGAACGCGUUGAGAGGAAGCUUUCUCAACAUCUCAGAGUCUUGCAGGAUAAGCUUGGGCAGAAGAGGGCUAGGUACCCAGGCACCGACAAAGACGAGCUCUUCCAAUCCGCAUACCGACACAAGCAUCAAGAUCCAGCAGAAUGCAGAUUAUGUAGCGCCUGUGAAGGCGGGAUGAAUCCAGUGUGUGAAGAGGCACGAUCACUCACUUGCCAGCAGCUUGGAUGUCAGAAGAGGCUGCUGGUCCCGCGCAAACGGCUGCACGAGGCAUCGAAGGGUUGUCCUCCAAGACCCAAAAUCCACUUUGGCUUCGUUGGCUCUGGAGAUACGAUAAUGAAAUCUGGGCAACAUCGCGACGAAACUGCGGCCCGGCACAAUAUUAUCGCUUAUGAGAUGGAGGCUUCGGGGAUUUGGGAUAAUUUACCGUCGCUUGUCAUCAAAGGCGUGUGUGAUUAUGCUGACAGCCAUAAGAAUAAAUAUUGGCAGCACUAUGCCGCUGCUACAGCUGCUGCAUGCAUGAAAGCUGUAUUGGAGGUAUGGUAG